UCUCUCUCUCUCUCUCUCUCUCUGGCCACCGCCGCCUGCCUCCUGCCCCCUGCCCCCGCUCCAUGGUGACCCGCAGGCCGGUGACAUGAGUCUGCCCCGUGUUCUGCUCGCCCUGCUGCUGCAGGCCUGCUGGGCCACCGCGCAGGACGAUGCGGCAGCCUCGAGGGCCAUCGCCUUCCAAGACUGCCCCGUGGACCUGUUUUUCGUGCUGGACACCUCUGAGAGCGUGGCGUUGAGGCUUAAGCCCUACGGGGCUCUGGUGGACAAGGUCAAGGCCUUCACCAAGCGCUUCAUCGACAACCUGAACGACAGGUACUACCGCUGUGACCGCAACCUGGUGUGGAACGCGGGCGCGCUGCACUACAGCGACGAGGUGGAGAUCAUCCGCGGGCUCACGCGCAUGCCCGGCGGCCGGGACGCGCUCAAGAGCAGCGUGGACGCGGUCAAGUACUUCGGCAAAGGCACCUACACGGACUGCGCCAUCAAGAAGGGGCUGGAGGAGCUGCUCGUGGGGGGCUCCCACCUGAAGGAGAACAAGUACCUGAUCGUGGUGACUGAUGGGCACCCGCUGGAGGGCUACAAGGAGCCGUGCGGGGGCCUGGAAGAUGCUGUGAACGAGGCCAAGCACCUGGGCGUCAGAGUCUUCUCUGUGGCCAUCACGCCCGACCACCUGGAGCCACGUCUGAGCAUCAUCGCCACGGACCACACGUACAGGCGCAACUUCACAGCGGCCGACUGGGGGCAGAGCCGCGACGCGGAGGCCGUCAUCAGCCAGACCAUCGACACCAUCACGGACAUGAUCAAAAAUAACGUGGAGCAAGUGUGCUGCUCCUUCGAGUGCCAGCCCGCCAGAGGACCUCCUGGGCUGCGGGGCGACCCCGGGUAUGAGGGAGAAAGAGGGAAGCCAGGGCUCCCGGGAGAGAAAGGAGACGCCGGAGACCCCGGAAGGCCUGGGGACCUCGGACCCGUCGGCUACCAGGGCAUGAAGGGAGAAAAAGGGAGCCGAGGGGAGAAGGGCUCCAGGGGACCCAAGGGCUACAAGGGCGAGAAGGGGAAGCGUGGCGUGGACGGCGUGGAUGGCAUGAAGGGGGAGACGGGGUACCCUGGCCUGCCAGGCUGCAAGGGCUCGCCCGGAUUCGAUGGCAUCCAAGGACCCCUUGGGCCCAAGGGCGACGCGGGUGCCUUCGGACUGAAAGGAGGGAAGGGUGAGCCUGGAGCAGACGGGGAGCCUGGGAGGCCAGGGAACACGGGGCCCCCCGGAGACGAGGGUGAGCCUGGAGCACCUGGUCCCCUGGGAGAGAAGGGAGAAGCCGGCGACGAGGGAAACGCGGGACCAGACGGACCCCCCGGAGAGAGGGGCGGCCCUGGGGAAAGAGGACCACGGGGGACCCCAGGCGCGCGGGGCCCGAGAGGAGACCUGGGUGAAGCUGGACCCCAAGGUGACCAGGGACGAGAAGGCCCCAUUGGCAUCCCCGGAGACCCGGGUGAGGCUGGCCCCACUGGACCGAAAGGAUACCGUGGCGACGAGGGGCCUCCAGGGCCCGAGGGCCCCGGAGGAGCCUCAGGGCCCCCAGGACCCCCCGGAGACCCCGGGCUGAUGGGCGAAAGGGGUGAAGACGGCCCCCCUGGAAACGGCACCGAGGGCUUCCCCGGCUUCCCUGGCUAUCCGGGCAGCAGGGGUCCUCCCGGGAUAAAUGGCACCAAAGGCUACCCUGGCCUCAAGGGAGACGAGGGAGAAGCCGGGGACCCCGGAGAGGACAACAAUGACAUUUCUCCCCGAGGCGCCAAAGGAGCAAAGGGCUACCGAGGCCCCGAAGGCCCCCCGGGACCCCCAGGACACAUAGGACCACCAGGGCCAGACGAAUGCGAGAUUUUGGACAUCAUCAUGAAAAUGUGCUCUUGCUGUGAGUGCCAGUGCGGCCCCAUCGACAUCCUGUUCGUGCUGGACAGCUCCGAGAGCAUCGGCCUGCAGAACUUCGAGAUCUCCAAGGACUUCAUCGUCAAGGUCAUCGACCGGCUGAGCAGGGACGAGCUGGUCAAGUUUGAGCCCGGGCAGUCGCACGCGGGCGUGGUGCAGUACAGCCACAACCAGAUGCAGGAGCACGUGGACCUGCGGGACCCCAACAUCAGGACCACCCAGGACCUCAAGGAAGCCAUCAAGAAGCUGCGCUGGAUGGGUGGAGGCACCUUCACAGGCGAGGCUCUGCAGUACACCCGGGACCGGCUGCUGCCGCCCACCCAGAACAACCGCAUCGCCCUGGUCCUCACGGACGGCCGCUCGGACACCCAGAGGGACACCACCCCACUCAGCGUGCUCUGCGGCCCUGACAUUCAGGUGGUCUCCGUGGGCAUCAAGGAUUUGUUUGGCCUAGCCGCGGGCUCUGACCAGCUCAACGUCAUCUCCUGCCAAGGCCUGGCGCCCCAGGGGCGGCCGGGCAUCUCGCUGGUCAAGGAGAAUUACGCAGAGCUGCUAGACGAUGGCUUCCUGAAGAACGUCACCGCCCAGAUCUGCAUAGACAAGAAAUGUCCAGAUUACACCUGCCCAAUCACCUUCUCCUCCCCGACCGACAUCACCAUCCUGCUGGACGGUUCAGCCAGCGUGGGCAGCCACAACUUCGACACCUCCAAGCGCUUCGCCAAGCGGCUGGCCGAGCGCUUCCUGACGGCGGGCCAGACGGGCCCGGGCCAGGAGGUGCGCGUGGCGGUGGUGCAGUACAGCGGCACCGGGCAGCAGCGGCCGGAGCGUGCGGCGCUGCAGUUCGUGCAGAACUACACCGUGCUGGCCAGCGCCCUGGACACCAUGGACUUCUUCAACGAUGCCACCGACGUCACCGACGCCCUGGGCUACGUGACCCGCUUCUACCGCGAGGCCUCGCCCGGCGCCGCCAAGAAGAGGCUGCUGCUCUUCUCCGACGGCAACUCGCAGGGCGCCACGGCGGCCACCAUCGAGAAGGCCGUGCAGGAGGCCCAGCGGGCAGGCAUCGAGAUCUUCAUGGUGGUGGUGGGCCCCCAGGUGAACGAGCCCCACGUGCGCGUCCUGGUCACCGGCAAGGCGGCCGAGUACGACGUGGCCUUCGGUGAACGCCACCUGUUCCGCGUGCCCAGCUACCAGGCGCUGCUGCGCGGCGUCUUCUACCAGACGGUGUCCAGGAAGGUGGCGCUGGGCUAGCAGCCGGGCCACCGCCGCUGAGACGGAGAGUGAGAAGGGGCCGGAAGGUUCCUGGCCCACCCGACUAGCCAGGCUUUUUAAGGAGAAGCUCGAAAGGCCGCGAUUCAGCGCUCUGCGUUCUGCCAGCCCCUCUGAGCGGGGUGUUGCCGCCCCAACCCUGGGCUCUGCCGGCCCCUCCCGCCACCCACCUGAACCCGCACCUGACUCGCGCUGCCGGUCAGGGUCCCCUAAUCCCGAGUCAGAACCCCUAAGCCUGGUUUCUCUUUCCUUCCUGGGGUCAGCUGUCACCGCCUCCCCUCCCCCACUCCCUCGUAGCUUGACUUGCCUUCACGAAACACUCACGCCUAGAGUCAGGUCUCCCAGGGAGCUGCCUGAGCCCUGGUGAGCCGACACCUCCUCCCAAGGCUCUUGUCACUCACCCCCGGCCGGCAGAAACCGCGACUCCUCGACCCCGUGUCCCAAAAACCCCAGAGCAAAGGUGCUAUCCUGCCCCCAGCCCCAGCCCAGGACGCAGAGGCCUCGCCCCGCCACCCGGGGCAAAGUGAUGCAUUUCACCACAAACGAGCCAAAGCUCUUUUCCUCAAGGAAGUGAUCGGUUCUCCAUUUUACUGAAGGCCUUCCUGGCACUUUAGUUUUACUUUUACUCCUUCCUGUGGGUUUUCUCAACGUGUCCAUGUCGGCGACUUUUCCAAAUAAAGGCUGUCACUCUC